AUGGAGCAGCAGCAGCAGCAGGAGCGGCCGCGGGAGGUGUACAGGGAGUGCAUGCGCAACCACGCGGCGAAGCUGGGCACCUACGCGAACGACGGAUGCUGCGAGUACACCCCCGACGACGGCCACCCGGCGGGGCUGCUCUGCGCGGCGUGCGGAUGCCACCGCAAUUUCCACCGCAAGGCGUUCCUCGACGGCGCCGCCGCCGCCACCGCGGGGGCGGUGGGAGGCGCCGGAGUUGGCGUUGGCGUUGGCGUCAGCCCGCAAGCGCCAAUGCUGCCGUCCCCCGGCGGCGGGGCGCCGGGAUACAUGCACAUGGCGAUGGGGGUAGGCGGCGGCGGCGGCGACGGCAGCGGCGGGCACGGCUCCGGGGGGAGGCGGCGGACGCGGACCAAGUUCACGGAGGAGCAGAAGACGCGGAUGCUACGGUUCGCCGAGCGGCUCGGGUGGCGGAUGCCGAAGCGGGAGCCCGGCCGCGCUCCCGGCGACGACGAGGUGGCGCGCUUCUGCCGGGAGAUCGGCGUCAAUAGGCAAGUCUUCAAGGUAUGGAUGCACAACCACAAGGCCGGCGGCGGCGGCGGCAGCGGGGGCGCCGGCGUGGGCGGAGGCGCCCAGACGUCAUCAUCGACGACGAGGGGAGGCGGCGACGUGGGAGCGGGCUUGUCGCCGGCGAUGGUCGGCGACGGCGAGGACGACGAGGAGGUGAGGGGCAGCGAGAUGUGCAUGUAGUAGCAGCACGUAUGUACGUAGUGCAGGCGGCAUUGCAAUUGCAUUGCUAGGGUGGGAUAAUUCACAUUUUAAUUAACUCCUCCCUUUUUUUUUGCUAA